AUGAAUUCGCGGGUUUUGAAGUCACGCUCACGGUUACAGGAAAAUGAAGUUCAUCUGCAGCAGUUACUGGAGUAUGAAGAACAAGUGUGCCAAUGCCAGACCCUGAGACUGCAGGUAGAAGAUCUCCAGAAGAGACUUGAGGAGAAGGACAACAGAAUUACUAGGGCGAACAAGGUGAUCAGAGCACUGAGGGAUGAGGUGCAGACACUGCAGCAACAGCUGGAGCAGCACAGACGGAAGUACAGAGAUGACAACACAAUUGGACAGAGACGUCAGCAAGGUCGGCAUGAAAGAGGAAAUGACAUCACUGCAUUGGAUUGUGAGAUCCCACCAAAUGUCUUCCUGUCCUGCACGUCUGGAGACGACCCAACAGAGACGCAGACAUCACCACAGGAACUAGAGGACGACCCAGCAGAUGGUCCACUGUCUCCUGGUGAUGACAAACUCACAUCAUCAUGGCAACGGAAACAAUCUGUGCUGUCAGUGAAGCUACAAGACUGUCGUGAAAUGCUCGGGCCUGACAGAGUUUUUAAGAUUGAACCGAUAAAGGACAUCAGCGAUGAGGGUGAUGACGAUGACCAUGGCGAUGACCUAUGUUAUCAGGAUGAUGAUGAUGAUGAUGACAGUGAUUAUAACCCAAAAAAUGAAGGCACUGCUGAGCCGGAGUCACCCAAUCAGGAGGUGGAUGAGCCCUGCAAUGACAACCAGAUUGCCCACACAAGAGAAGGAUCACAAGUGAACUCAAGGAAUGCUGUGAAGUCUAAAUCAAAAUACAAUGGUCCCCAUGAAUGUGAUGUAUGUGGGAAAAUACUUUCAGGCAAGAGAGGUCUACGCAUUCACAAAAUAACACACACAGGAGAGAAACCGUAUUCUUGCUCUGUGUGUGGAAAAGCAUUCAAUAAAUCAAGUAAUUUAUUGAGGCACAAAACAACACACAGAGAAGAGAGACCCCAUGCCUGUGUCCAGUGUGGAAAAGCAUAUAGGACUUCAAGUCAAUUAUGGACACACAAACAAACACACACAGGAGAAAAAACCUACACCUGCUCUCAGUGUGGAGAAAUGUUCAGGGCUUUAAGUGACUUAUGGAGCCACAAAAAUGUUGCUCAUUCACAGCAAGGGCAAUCCACUGGCCACACAGGAAAAGGGUCACGAAAAGACCGUGUUCCUAAUGAAUGUGACGUGUGUGGCCAAAUUCUUUCAUGCGAGAGAAGUCUUCUGAUUCACAAAAGAAAACACACAGGAGAGAAACCCUAUCCUUGCUCUGUGUGUGGAAGGGCAUUCAGGGCUGUAGGUAAUUUACGGAGGCACCAAAAAGUUGUUCAUGGAAUGACUCAUGACACUGUAGAAAGGUCUAAAUUAAAAGACCAUGGUCCCUAUGAAUGUGCUGUAUGUGGGAAGAUACUUUCAAGCAAGAACGGUCUAAUCCAUCAUGAAAGAACACACACAGGGGAGAAGCCCCAUCUCUGCUCUCUGUGUGGACGAGCAUUCAGGUCUUCUAGUAAUUUAUGGAGCCACCAAAAGCGUUGCCAAUCUACUGAUCACACAGCAGAAGGGCCCAAAUUAAGAUACAAUGGUCGCCAUGAAUGUAAUGUAUGUGGGAAAAUACUACUCUCAGGCAAGAGAAGUCUAAUGCUUCACAAGAGAACACACACAGGAGAGAAGCCCUAUCUCUGUGCUGAUUGUGGGAAAACAUUUAGGACUUCAAGUCAAUAUUGGAGGCACAGACGAGCUUCUCAUUCACAGCAAAGCCAAUCCACUGGCCACACAGGAGAAGGGUCACAAGUGAACUCAAGGAAUCCUGAACGCUCGAAAUCAAAAUACAAUAGUCCCCAUGAAUGCGAUAUAUGUGGAAAAAUACUUUCAUGCAAGAAAACUCUAAUCCGCCACAUAAGAACACACACAGGAGAGAAACCGUAUCCAUGCUUUCUGUGUGGAAGAGCAUUUAGGACUUCAAGUAAUUUAGGGAUCCACAAAAAAGUUGUUCAUUCACAGCAAAGGCAAUCAGAAGCGAUCUCAAAGAAUCCUGUAAGGUCUACAUCAAAAUACUAUCGUCCUUCUGAAUGUGAUGUAUGUGGGAAAAUUCUUUCAUGCAAGAAAAGUCUAAUCCUUCACAAAAGAACACACACAGGAGAAAAGCCCCAUCCCUGCUCUGUCUGUGGAUGGUCAUUCAGGGCUUUAGGUAAUCUACGGACCCACCAAAAAGUUGUUCAUGGACUGACUCACAGUAGAAAGGUCUAAAUUAAAAAACAAUAGCCACCAUGAAUGUGAUGUAUGUGGGAAGAUACUUUCAUGCAAGAACAGUCUAAUCCAUCACAAAAGAACACACACAGGAGAGAACCCCCAUCCCUGCUCUCUGUGUGGAAAAACAUUCAGGACUAUAGGUAAAUUGCGGAGCCACCACAACUUUGUUCAUGGAUUGGCUCACGCAGUAGAAAAGUCUAGACCCCAUCCGUUCUCUCUGUGUGGAAAAACGUUCAGUACUAUGGGUAAUUUGUGGAGCCACCAAAACGUUGCUCAUUCUCAGCAAAUGCAAUCCACUGACCCGCACAACAUUGGACGCUUUCAGGCGGUGAACUGGGCUUUACUAAGAAAGUAUUCUCACCCAGCAGUCUCCUGUUGAUCCACCAGAAAAUACAUUCACUGACUCACCCAAAGCUACAGGUCAUCAGGAGUGACACAAAACCAGUAACCACACAAUCUACCUAUGUACCUCAUGUAAAAUCCUACCAAUCACAUACAAAUCAUUCCAUGGUCUUACUCCCCAUUACCUCUCAGAUCUCCUUGAGAAUUGCUCUGUUCCCUGUGAUCCUUUGGCAAGAACCAGUUUGUCAUUCUCUGCUCCAGGCUAUGGACUUUUGGUGAGGGAACCUUCUGUGUUGCUGCCUCCACCUUUUGGAACACACUGCCUCCAUACAGUAUCUGCCCUGCCAAGUCCCCCUCACUGGCUGAGUUCAAAAAGCAUUUCAAGUCCCCCCCUAAACCCCUGCCCUCCCCUCUUUUCAAUUUCCUAGUCCCAUCUCCUUGAGAGACGUUAAAAAACUACAUUGUUGUUAUUAUUUUUAUUUGCAUCGCUGGUGUUUUCAGAUUUCUCCACUUCUGUGGUUGCUAUGUUCAAAUUCCGCCAUAUUAAUAUGUGCUGAAACAUAAAGGGAUAUAUUAUUAUGCGUUUUCAUGUGCAUCUGUGCAUGUCUUCUUGUGUACAGGGCAAGGGACAUAGCGAUGGCCAUUUUGUGAAGAAUAGACUGUAUGAAGAGGUUAAAAUUGGUGUGUGUCUUUUCUUUUUUGUUCAUUUUGUUUGUCAAGCUCGGCAUGGUAAAGGUUGCUCCCACUGACUGAGCUUUCUCAUUUUACUUCAGUUGAUUUCAGACUACCUUUACAUACCGCAUACUGUAUACUCUCUAUGCAGUACUUUUGUGUAGUUUGUUAGCAUGUUGACUACCUGGCAUACACAUACAUACGGUACAUGUACAAUAUACUGCAUAUUCUGUAUGUAGCAUUUUUGUAGAAGUUAACUUGUUAAAGUAGUUUUUUAAAAAAAAUAAUUAUCUUUGGGGGGUUUUCAAGUGUUUUUCUUCCACUGUUGCUGUGUUAAAAGUUCAGAGGCAAAAACUGUUGACUCACUGAUUUAUUUUUUCCUGAAUCAACUUACAGUAUGUCUCGUAAGUGAGUACAACCCUCACAUUUUUGCCGUGUUGGCCCGAAUAGUCAUCGGUGUGCGUUUCAACCUUUUUUUACAUUGAACUUUUACAUUUUGAGUCUGCACUUGGCUGAAAUAGAUUGGUGUGAGAUUUGAAUGACAUCCUACGAAGAGUAUCAUGAUCUUCAGUAGUCACGGUGCAUGUUGACAUGCUUGUUUCUUUUAGGU